CACCUAUCGGCUUCCGUACACAAGUGACUGUACACCCAUUAGUUACCUUGGUAUUAGAUCAGCAUAAACGAAGUGGAUAUAGAAUUCAUGCGUUUGGUAUGACGGAUCUCUCGGUUCUAUUGAAGUAAUUUACGGCAUAUAAGACAAAAUGGCUGCAAAAGACCAAGCACAACAUAUCAUAGUUUGUGAAAAGUGUCAAGGGCCUGUUGAGUUCAUUUGUGUUCCCUGUGAUAUAAAACUAUGCGGAGAAUGCUCUCUGAAACAUAUGCGCACAAAAUCAAAACGAGGCCAUGAACUAAGAGAAUAUUCCCGCUCCGUAUCUCAGCAGUGUGAUAUACACCCGAGUGCCGUGUCUGAAUUUUAUUGCAAAUCCUGUUCCCUCCCACUUUGCACUGAGUGCAUUGUUACAAAUGAUCACAAGCUCCACGAUCUAUCAUCAAUGUCUUCCAUUACUGCUUUGUUUGAAACCUUAAUAGAAGAAGAAAGUACAGAAUUACGAACAAAAGUGAAAGUUAACUUUGAAAAGCGUAUUGAGGAUCUCAAGGAAUACCUAACCAUUGUUGCUAAACAUUGUGAAAUGGUCCGAGAUGAUGUUACACAAUGGGGAGAGAAUUGGAAACGUGAGAUUGCUAUCCUCGUUGAAUCUCUUCAUCAAGAAAUUAAAUCUGCAGAGAUAGAAGCCACACGCAUCCUGAAACAGCAGACAGACCAGAUGGAACAGAACAUACAGGACAUAGAAGACGCAUUGAAGGAUUAUGAAGAUGUCAAAAUGUCGGAAAACUCAAAGCUUAUCGUCAAAUUUCAAUCCCAGAUUGACAAGCUCAGUUCACUGCCUACCCUAAGAAGAAUUUACGUUCCAAAAUUCCUUCCCGCAAAUCAGAAGUUACAAUCUAUUUUUCAUACAUCCCUUGGGAAGUUGAUUCUUGAAGAUUACUAUGCCGUCAAAGAACUUGCAGAGCCUUUGAAGAUUAGAACAUCCAAAGAAAUUUUUUCAGUUGUCAACCAACUGCAUGGGGAAAUAUUUAGCAACCACAAAGACCGUUGUGAUGCAAAUCAGCUCUCCAUUGAAAGUUAUCAAAAGUGUCAAGUUUCGCUGCAUCCCAAACUUCUUCUUGGCUUCCAAAAUUCGACGUUUUUUCAAAAGAGUGUAGAAAACUUCUUGACAAAUUUCAAAGCCAAACCACUUUGGUCAGAAAGCAAGCGUCAUGGCGAGAAUGCGCAUCUAAUGAUGCAAAGUACACACGUUAUUGCAGAUUCGGGUGUUUUUUGGAAAGAGACUGUCUCUGAUGCAUUGACAAACUACCUACGUGAAUGGGAAGUUAACAGUAUUGCUGUACCUGAAUAUCUCUGGGAUACAAUGGCUGACAAAAUAAAGAAAGUUUGGAUUUUUAACCCAGAAAAAGUUCUAUGUCAAUGUAGCAAAAAAGAACAUCAGGUUUUUGUCAUUGGCAAUACUGAGGACGCUGUGGAAUUAACAGUGAGAAUUAAAGAAAUUCUGAAUCAUACUUAUCUGAAAUAUCUGAAACACACAUAAAAGUCCUCGUGGUAUCAGCUGAUCGGAGUCGUAUAUAGAGGAAUAUAUCAAAUAUUUUGAUUGUUAUUCUUUUCGUACAUAUAUACAUUGGUUGUGUUAAUGGUGACAUUAUUCACGAAAUGAACUUGACAUUAACUUAAGAUUAUAUGAGAAGCUUGUGUUAAAAUCAGAUCUUAACUGCUUGUUUUUAUCGUUUAAAUAAAAUGUAAGUAG